CAGAUGGACCCGACUGGAAGUCCGUUGGAAUCGGGUUUCUCUCAGCAAGACACCCCUUGUCUCCUCAUCGAAGACUCCCAGCCUGAAAGCCAGGCUCAAGACGAUGCUGAUGUUGCUGCUGCAGCUGGUGGUUCUCGCUUCCCUCUCCUCUCUUGACACCUCCCGCAUCUACUACCGGCACACUAAGACGACCCCGAGUUGGAUGUUGCAUCUAAUCCCAAACAAGCAGUUGAAGAAGAGCAAGGAGACAAUAAUGGUGAACAUAUGAAAGAAAAAGUGGAAGAACCUAUGGAUUCUUCUCAUUUGGACACAUGUGGUUCCAUCAGUCCGGUGAUAGAACAGUUACCUCAGCGAAAGAGAACAAGCAGUAUUCUGGAAAUGCCGGUAGAAUCUGCUCCUAUGGAAGAAAAGGAAAAAGAGAUGGGAGAGAAAGUACAAGAUGAAAAGGAAGAAGAUAAUCUGGAUGAGAUCACACACUCCCUUGAUGGUGAAGAUCCGGCUUCAUCACAGUUAGGCUUUGGUGUUUUGGAACUUUCCCAGAGCCAGGAUGUUGAAGAAAAUACUGUGUCAUAUGAAGUAGAAAAAGAACAUGUCAAGUCAGCGACCACCAACUCUGGGUAUACUGGGCUGUCCAAUGUUGAUGCUAAUAUUGCAAUGAAACUUAAAGAACAGUCUAGUGAUGCUCUCUCCAUGGCAGAACAACCCAACAAGGAUGUCACUGCCAAUAAGGAUAUAAAGGUGGCAAAAGAGCAAAAUCCCCUACUUGCAAGGUCAGAGAACAUGAUUACUAGUUCCAAAGUAUCUCUUGCUAUGGAAGCAAAACAACUAUCUGCUCAAGAACAUCUGGAAAGUGGACUGCAGGUUGAGAAGUCACCAGAGUCUCGGGUUUUGUCUACUCAGGAAGACAUGUUUGACCAGAGCAGUAAAACAGAUUGUUCCACUCCUUCAAGAGAAGAUGGUGGGUGUUCUCUGGCCUCCACACCUGCCACUACUCUGCACCUUCUGCAGCUUUCUGGUCAGCGGUCUAUUGUUCAAGACAGUCUUUCUACUGAUCCAAUGAAUAUGUCAGUGUUACCUGAAGAAGGAGGAGAAACUUUUCAGAAGAAAUUUACACCAGUAGAGAUAGAUAAUCAUCCUCUUCCAGCUGAGCCUAUUAUAUCACCACACGCUUCAACACCAGUAUCUCAGAGCACACCAGUCUUCACUCCUGGGUCACUCCCUAUCCCAACCCAACCAGAAUUUUCUCAUGACAUUUUCAUUCCAUCUCCAAGUUUAGAAGAACGAUCAAAUGAUGGGAAAAGUGGGGAUUUGCAUAGUUCCUCUUUGACUGUUGAGUGUUCUAAAACAUCAGGAAUUGGACCACAGAAUUCUACAGAGGAUAUUGGGCUAUCGCUGACAGGAGAUUCUUGUAAAUUGAUGCUGUCUGCGAGUGAGUAUAGUCAGUCCCCAAAGAUGGAGAGUUUGAGCUCUCAUAGAAUUGAUGAAGAUGGAGAAAACACACAGAUUGAAGAUACAGAACCCAUGUCUCCUGUUAUUAAUUCCAAGCCGGUUCCUGCUGAAAACAGUAAUGUCUUAAGGAAUCCAGCACAAGAUGAACAAGUAGAACUGAGUCAGAAUGAUGACAGAGAAAAGGGAGAAGACAUGGAAACAAGAGAUGGUAGUAGCAUUUUAACUACUGAUUGCAAAGGUAGAGAAGAUAGUGUAGCAGAAGAUGUCUGUAUUGAUCUCACAUGUGAUUCAGGGAGUCAGGCAGUUCCUUCUCCAGCUACUCGAUCUGAAGCACUCUCUAGUGUGUUAGAUCAGGAAGAAGCUAUGGAAAUAAAAGAUCAUCAUCCAGAGGAAGGGUCGACAGGUUCUGAUGUGGAAGAAAUCCCUGAGACUCCGCGUGAAAGUCAAGAAGAGGAGCCUAAAGAAGAAGAAAUGGAGAGUGAGCCACUCCAUCUUUCUCUCGCUGAAACCCAAUCCCAAGGAUUGUGUCUUUCAAAGGAAAUUGCCAAACAAGAGUGCCAGGACACUAUGGAAGUUGAAACCAGCGUGAUUAGUAUUGAUUCCCCUCCAAAGCUCCCAGUACUUGACCAAGAAUUAGAACAUAAGGAUCAGGAAGCUUGGGAAGAAGCCACUUCAGAGGAUUCAAGUGUUGUCAUCGUAGAUGUGAAAGAACCAUCUCCAAGAGGUGAUGCUACCUGUGAACCUUUGGAAGGAGUAGAGAAAAGCUCAGAUUCCCAGUCAUGGGAGGAUGAUGCUCCAGAAAUGGAACCAUGUGCUGAGAAUAGGUCAGAUCUCCAAGAAGAAAAGAGUGCAGAAAGAGAUUUGAAAUCAGUGACUGCAGAAAAGGAAACUAUUGAGGCAGACUCCCCACAGCCUCUCUUGACUAUCCUAAGAACGGAUGAUGCCCUGAGACGUAAUGAAGAGAUGCGGCAGACUCAAUCUCAAGAUAGAAAAGAUAAUACCUUAACAGAAAACUCAAAAAUGGCUAAUGCAAACCAGCUGGGUGCAGGUAUAGAGGCCCAGCAGCUGGAUAAGGCUCAUGCAUCACAAAGCUUCUGUGAAAGCUCUAGUGAAACUCCAUUUCAUUUCACUUUGCCUAAAGAAGGUGAUAUUAUCCCACCAUUGACAGGUGCAACCCACUUAAAAUUGGAGCCUAAAAGGCAUAGUACUCCUAUUGGUGUUAGCAGUUACCCAGAAAGCACUGUAGCAGCCACUGAAGUGAUGUCUGAAAGUAUGGUGGAGACGAAUGAUCCUAUACAUGAGAACGAAAAAGGAGAUUUUGGGACCACCCCAGAAACAGAUAAGUUGUCUCUAAGAAUGAAACUGGUGACUCCUGAGACUGAGGAAAGUGAAGAAUCUUUGCAGUUUACCCUGGAAAAACCUACAAUUGGUGUAAGAGAAAGCAGAUCUGCUGCUGUUGCUGAGGCUGUUGCCAGUCCUCAGAAGACCGUGUCUGUGUUUAGCUCUGAAACUCGGCAACAUAAUGAGGCUCGAAGUCAAGAUUCCCAUUCUGCACCCAUCAGGGGGAACUUACUUCGUUUUCCAAGUACUCAAGAAGACAAAGAAAAAUUGGGAUCUGAUGAAAGGAUCAGACAGAGUCAACAGUCUGUGAAACCCACUAGUCCUGCCAGGGACCAUACUUUUCCUUUCUCCCAGCGGAUGACUAUACAGAGGUCAUCUAGUCCUCAAGAGGAAGCAAUGGAGACAGGUGUCCCAGAAGGCCAGCAAGAAGGACAAAAUAAUAAUCGGGAAAAACCUGUUAAGGCCUUGAUUGAAAGGCCCAGCCAAAAUAACAUAGGAAUCCAGACAAUAGAACAUUCCCUGUCGGCCCCAGAAACUGUUUCAGCAGCAACUCAGACUGUAAAGAAUGUUUGUGAACAGUGGACGAGUACAGUGGACCAGAACUCUGGAAAGCAAGAUGCUACAGUUCAGACUGAGAGAGGGAGUGGUGAAAAGCCAGUCAGUUCUUCUGGGGAUGAUACAGAGUCACUGCAUAGCCAGUUGCUCUAG